UCCUUGCGAGAAAGUUACCUGUGGCCGCCCAAGUCCGCCACUUUCUGCUCUGUGGCUGCCCAUUGCCACGAUCCAGGAGGACUCCGCGCCGCCCGGCCGCCUCCGAGCUCGGGCCCCAUGUGAGGGGCCCCCCCUUAUCCCACCUUUCCGGCUAGGUGAGGGCGCGAGCGGGCGAGCGAGCGAGAGUGGUGAGGGGGGACGGAAAAGCAGAAUUACCUGUAGCUCUUGUUCUGCCAUCUCGGGCGCUCUCACACACCUUCACCUGCACAGACUUGAAAGUCCAGUUUCACCAGAGGCUGAGGCUCCAGGAAAAGGGGAGCGAGUUCAUUGGAUCAAACAUGUCACAAGAGUCGGACAAUAAUAAACGACUGGUGGCCUUAGUGCCCAUGCCCAGUGACCCUCCGUUCAAUACCCGAAGAGCCUACACCAGUGAGGAUGAAGCCUGGAAGUCGUAUUUGGAGAAUCCCCUGACGGCGGCCACCAAGGCGAUGAUGAGCAUUAAUGGUGACGAGGACAGUGCUGCUGCCCUCGGCCUGCUAUAUGACUACUACAAGGUUCCUCGAGACAAGAGGCUGCUGUCUGUAAGCAAAGCAAGUGACAGCCAAGAAGAGCAGGAUAAAAGAAACUGUCUUGGCACCAGUGAAGCCCAGAAUACUUUGAGUGGAGGAGAAAACCGAGUGCAGGUCCUAAAGACUGUUCCAGUGAACCUUUCCCUAAAUCAAGACCACCUGGAGAAUUCGAAACGGGAACAGUACAGCACAAACAUCUCCGAGAGCCCAGCCAUCAUCCCCGUAUCAGGAAUCACAGUGGUGAAAGCUGAAGAUUUCACACCUGUUUUCAUGGCCCCACCCGUGCACUAUCCCCGGGGAGACGGUGAGGAGCAACGUGUGGUUAUCUUUGAACAGACUCAGUAUGGCGUGCCCUCCAUGGCCAGCCACAGCACCUACCUCAAGGAUGACCAGCGCAGCACCCCGGACAGCACUUAUAGCGAGAGCUUCAAGGAUGGAACCACAGAGAAAUUCCGGAGUGCUUCAGUUGGGGCUGAGGAGUACAUGUAUGACCAGACAUCAAGUGGCACAUUUCAGUACACCCUGGAAGCCACCAAAUCUCUGCGUCAGAAGCAGGGGGAGGGCCCCAUGACCUACCUCAACAAGGGACAGUUCUAUGCCAUAACGCUCAGUGAGACUGGAGACAACAAAUGCUUCCGACACCCAAUCAGCAAAGUCCGGAGUGUGGUAAUGGUGGUCUUCAGUGAAGACAAAAACCGAGACGAACAGCUGAAAUACUGGAAGUACUGGCACUCCCGGCAGCAUACGGCAAAGCAGAGGGUCCUUGACAUUGCUGAUUACAAGGAGAGCUUUAAUACGAUUGGAAACAUCGAAGAGAUUGCAUAUAAUGCUGUUUCCUUCACCUGGGACGUGAACGAAGAGGCGAAGAUUUUCAUCACUGUGAAUUGCCUGAGUACAGAUUUCUCCUCCCAGAAAGGGGUGAAAGGACUUCCUUUGAUGAUUCAGAUUGAUACAUACAGUUAUAAUAAUCGUAGCAAUAAACCCAUUCAUAGAGCUUACUGCCAGAUCAAGGUCUUCUGCGACAAAGGAGCAGAAAGGAAAAUCCGAGACGAAGAGAGGAAGCAGAACAGGAAGAAGGGGAAAGGCCAGGCCUCCCAAACCCAGUGCAACAACUCCUCUGAUGGGAAGUUGGCGGCGAUACCUUUACAGAAGAAGAGUGACAUCACCUACUUCAAAACGAUGCCUGACCUGCACUCACAGCCGGUCCUGUUCAUACCUGAUGUUCACUUUGCAAACCUGCAGAGGACGGGACAGGUGUAUUACAACACGGAUGAUGAACGAGAAGGCAGCAGUGUCCUUGUUAAACGGAUGUUCAGGCCCAUGGAAGAGGAAUUUGGUCCAGCACCUUCUAAGCAGAUGAAAGAAGAAGGGAUGAAGCGAGUGCUGUUGUACGUGCGGAAGGAGACGGACGAUGUGUUCGAUGCUUUGAUGUUGAAGUCCCCCACGGUGAAGGGCCUGAUGGAAGCGAUAUCCGAGAAAUACGGGCUGCCUGUGGAGAAGAUCACGAAGCUUUACAAGAAAAGCAAAAAAGGCAUCUUGGUGAACAUGGACGACAACAUCAUUGAGCACUACUCGAAUGAGGACACCUUCAUCCUCAACAUGGAGAGCAUGGUGGAAGGCUUCAAGAUCACACUCAUGGAAAUCUGAGCCCUGCUCUUAGCAUCCACUCGGCAGGGGUCUCGGUGCCUUCCUCCGCAGCAGAGAUGGAGGCCCGGGCCCGGAACCCGGACACCCGCUCCCCCACCUCACAACCACUGUUACAGACUGUGCUGGGAGCUGGGCGAGGCCUGGAGCCCCGUUCCUUACCAGCGUGUUUGGCCCACGCACUGGCUCCGACUGGAGCCGAAGCCUGAGCCCCUCCAGAGGGUGUGCUGGGCCUGCCACACACUUAUUUAUUGUCCACCUUGCUCUGGAGCCGGGGUCCAGGCCCACUAGGAUGCUGCUGGACACCGCUGGCCCCAGAUGAGACCGUCCGGAGCCCUCCCCUUCCAAGGGAAACACAGCCAAUCCGUUCGCCCCGAAGAGCCUGAGAAGGUCUGGCUCCUCUGCUGCCCUUCUGCUUCUGCUGCGGGCCGGACCACACGGGCUGCUGCCGCCGCAACAGUCAGGGGGCCUGAGGUGGACACCACUUCGCGGUCAGAAACCUUCAGGGGGGCUAAACACCUCCCGGGGUUUCCAGCAAGUGGCCACCAGGCCUUGUACAGGAAGGCGUUCAGCUCCCAUGUACUUAGUAACCCAGAAGGGCCGCCUGGCUGUCAUGUACAUAGUGUUUAUAAUAUCGCAAUAAUAUAUUUUACCUGUGCUGUGUGGGCAUGUUUACUGCCGCUGGCCUAGGGGAGGCAGAGCCGAGACUCCGCUUUCCGCGAGAGGGCCGCCUCUGUGCUGUGCGGGGGGGUG